CGUGAUCUCGAAAUAUCAGUGAAGGCUUGCUCACUGGGGUAGUAAAAAAAUAAGCUAUACCACUGUCGCGCCGGGUUUGCGCAGUGGGUACAGGUACGAGAGGUACACAAACUGUUUCACCUGGCAGAAUGAAUCGACAAAACGUGCUCGAAUCACUUAUUGAAAAAGCUAUCAGAGCCGGAGACAUUUCAACAGUCAAAUCUGUUUUGCCGAAAGUAGAUGUGAAUCUUCGCCUCUGCUCCAAGUUCUGCGGGGAAGAGGAUUUUACUCUACUUCACUUGGCCGUGCAACAAAACCAAAAGGAAAUCGUAAAGCUUCUACUAGACUAUCAAGCAGACGUUGGCGCAAAAGACUCCCUCGGUAGGACGCCGCUACAUCUCGCCUGUGGUAUUCCCAGGGCCAUAGUCGACGUGAUAAAAACACCUCAUAUUUUAAGCGAAAUUGAACAACAUUGUAUCGACAUAGCAGAAACAAGUCUCGAAAUUGUUCAGUCAUUAGUCGAGCAAAGAAGUUGCAUCAUUGAUGAAGAAGAUAAUAAUGGUGAAACUCCACUUUUUCACAUCCUUCGUGACGAUACAUCUAACACAGGCAAUCAGUCGCUGAACAGCAUUCAUGAUUUAGCUUUUAUAUUUAAUUUACGAACGGUGAAGUCAGCGAUUAUAGAAGAACUUAUAAAUUUGCAGCAUCGGAAAAUGCAGAUUUUGCUGAGCAAUAACGCGAACGCUGAUACUCUUCUUCCUGAGACGAAUGACACGAUUUUGCACCGGGCCAUCAUUGAUCUGGAAUCUUCCAGGGAUUUGCAGCAGUUCGCAAAGUCGUGCUUUGCCGACAAGGCACACACAGACAUGGUUAAAGCCAUUUUAAAUCACGAUAUUACUUGCGACGUCAACGCAAAAAAUAAUUUGGGCGAAGCUCCAAUAAGCGUCGCAGCAUCAUUGUUGAGCGCGGAUAUCGUCCGAGUACUUGAGGAUAGGGGCGCAGACGUACAGGAGGCAAAACUCGAGCAUUUCCGUUACCCACGUGUUUUACCCUGUUUAGAAGCUGUGGUUAAUUUACUGGAUAUUAUAGAUUUUCGAGAGGAGAAGGGAUUUCCCUUGAGUCCCAAUGAAAAUCGGGCGGUGCUGAAGUUUCUACUUUGCAACAACGAAGAUUGCUGUUAUGCUGAUUCCGAUAAUGAUAUCGCUUCGUACAAGCUUCAGAACUUGUUACAUUACGGCACUGAAUGUAACAGCAUAAUGACACUCGAAAAAAUGUCUACAGAGAAAGGAUAUUCACGGGAGUUGGCGAACCGUAAGGUCAAAGAAUAUCUCGUCAAAUUGACAGCGAUCAGUGAGUCGCGCAUCAGCCCAAAUUUGAAAGAGCAUUUGCAAAAACGAAUUUUAGAAGAUUCACCGAGCACUGAAGCCAGGAUUCGCAAAAAAUGCAAGCAUGAUCUUGACGAAAUGGAAAAAUUUAUAUUCAACCAUAAUGGCAAAUCUUUAAAAGACAUUUUAACCGCGCCAAUGGACAAAUUUAACUAUUUUUACGAAGAGCAUGGUUAUAGGGAGUUCUAUCAACUGAACUCUUACAAGGAAGAUUUUUCCCACUUUCUUCACAUGAUUGACGGGAUUUUCGCAAAAAAUCUCGUUCGAUUGCAUGUUCGAAAAAUCACCGAAGAUUAUUUUCCACUGCAGCUACUGCCAGAACCUUGCUGGAGAAAUACAUACCUUUAUCUGAGCAGUGAGCACUUGCUCAACAUGAUUCAAGCAAGCAUACUUGAUCCACAAGAAGAUAUAGACAAUAAAUCAGUACCUUCGAGGUGCGAUAAAAAUUCAAGUCCAUAUCUUACGUGUUUUGCUUACAAUUACUUCUAAGCACUUUUCGAUGAAAGAAUGUAUGUAAAUACAAAGAUAAUGUCAACAAAAUGCAUGCAAGGACAAGUCAGUAUAGUUAGUGUGCUUUAUUUAUUUACC